CUCCAUUGGCGCGGACCCUGCGCGGGUGGGCUGGAUUGGCUGCCCCGCUGGCCCUGACGUCCGCCGAGCCUGGUGGCCGCCGGAGGUAAACAGCCAUGUGCAAGCCUGCGCUCUAUAUUUAACAGCUGCUGCCGCCGGGGAGGCAGGGCAGCAGGCGGCGCGGGCAGCUCCCGUCCUCGGAGCCCGGCUGGCCCCGGCCUGCUCAGCCUGGGCCAGGUCACCAUGCCGGCUUCCCAGAGCCGGGCCCGUGCCCGGGACCGCAGCAACGUGCUCAACAGGGCCGAGUUCCUGUCCCUGAACCAGCCCCCCAAGGGGGCCCCGGAGCCCCGCUGCUCGGGCAGGAAGCCCUCGGGGCCCUCGGCGCAGCCCCCACCAGCCGGCGACAGUGGCCGCGAGCGGCGCCAGUCACAGCAGCUCCCCGAGGAGGACUGUAUGCAGCUGAACCCCUCCUUCAGGGGCAUCGCCCUCAACUCGCUGCUGGCCAUCGACAUCUGCAUGUCCAAGCGGCUGGGCGUGUGCGCCGGCCGGGCCGCGUCCUGGGCCAGCGCCCGCUCCAUGGUCAAGCUCAUCGGCAUCACAGGCCACGGCAUCCCCUGGAUCGGGGGGACCAUCCUGUGCUUGGUGAAGAGCAGCACGCUGGCCGGCCAGGAGGUGCUCAUGAACCUGCUCCUGGCGCUGCUCCUGGAUAUCAUGACGGUGGCCGGCGUGCAGAAGCUCAUCAAGAGGCGCGGGCCGUACGAGACGAGCCCCAGCCUGCUGGACUACCUCACCAUGGACGUCUACGCCUUCCCCGCCGGCCACGCCAGCCGCGCGGCCAUGGUGUCCAAGUUCUUCCUCAGCCACCUGGUGCUGGCCGUGCCGCUGCGCGUGUUGCUAGUGCUCUGGGCCUUCUGCGUGGGCCUGUCGCGCAUCAUGAUCGGCCGGCACCACGUCACCGACGUCAUCUCGGGCUUCAUCAUCGGCUACUUCCACUUCCGCCUGGUGGAGCUGGUCUGGAUGUCCUCCAACACCUGCCAGAUGCUCAUCUCGGCCUGGUGAGGCCGCGGCCGCCGCGGCACAGGGGCGGGAGCAAGGCAGGCGCUCUCCCCCUCCAGCCCCGACGCACCUGCCCCUUCCUGGCGGGAGGCCCCCUGCCUAGAGACUGGCACGCCUCUGCAGGUGCCCGGGGCCCAUCGCAGGCCCAACCCGCUUAGCUCCUGCUCCAGAGUCGGCAGGUGAGAGCCGAGGUGGCUCCAGGGGCCCGGUGUCGUCUUGUCCUCCCCAGCCCACGCCCGUCACGGCUGUCACUCCCGCCAGGGGCCCUGUGGCCGCAAGGCUCUGCUGCAGAGCCAUGUGUGACCCCGAGUUUCUUAAACGUACCCCACCACUGCACCCUUUCCCAGAGGAGCAGCUAUUAACCCCUCCCCCCCAGGAACUGCCGCUCCCUUGAGUGUAUGUUGGGAGCUGCUGCCUGGGAAAGCUGAAGGGCCUGGGGCAUGAGCUGGCCUCUCCCAUUGCCAGGCCCAGAGCCUGGGGAGACCAGGUGCCCGUGCCACGGCCCCCGGAAAGCACCCGGCCACAGCCCGUGGGCAUCGGCGCAGCUUUGGCCCCCAGGGGCCGGACUCCGUGUGACCUAAUAGGUCGUUUCCAAGACAACCGUCAUGGAUGUGCGUUUCACGUGACAAUACAGACAAUAUGCA